AAUUACAAAAGAGGCUCAUUGGAGCUUUCUGGAGCUGACAAUCUGCUCAAACAUUGAAACCAAUAUCGUUCUGGUUAUAAUAUCAAGCUUGGGAAUGUGGCGAAAUUGAGAUUUGUUGACACCAUAAUCAAGCCAAAAAUGAGCCUCUUGUUGGUAGUUGUGCUGGAUAGUAGUAAUUGCUGGAUCAAAUUGCUACCACUCAAGUUCUUCUAGACUGCAGCUUGAGGCUUAGUGGCAUAGUGGGAUUUACAGUUGCCACAGCGAAAUAUUUUCAAACUGAGUCUCUUCGAUUCUUGAAGCUGUGGUUUAGCUUUUAAAGUAAAAGCAUAAUGGGUUCAAGAUUCCCAUCACAUCAGCUCAGCAACGGGCUGUAUGUCUCUGGCCGGCCCGAGCAGCCCAAGGAGAAGCCCACCAUCAUGUCCUCUGCGGCCAUGCCAUACACUGGUGGUGACAUUAAAAAAUCUGGCGAGCUGGGAAAAAUGUUCGAUAUUCCUGUAGAAAACUCAAAAGCACGAAAGUCAGGCCCUGUUACUAAUAAUGCACCAUCCCGUACUGGAUCUUUUGUGGGAGUUGCCUCUCAUUCUGGUCCCAUCAGCUCAAAUAAACAGAAAUCCAAUUCCGGACCACUUGGUAAGCAUGGAGAGCCAAUUAAGAAAUCAUCUGGUCCACAAUCCGGUGGAGUGACCCCCAUGGUGCGCCAGAAUUCCGGUCCAGUUCCUCCUGUUCUUCCGACCACUGGCCUAAUCACUUCUGGGCCGGUUUCUUCUGGACCUCUGAAUUCAUCGGGUGCCCCUAGAAAACUAUCUGGUCCAUUGGAUUCAACUGGGUCAAUCAAGAUGAAUGUUGCUUCUAUUGCGCAUAACCCGGCUGUCACUAAUAUUACCCAGGAAGAUGAGUAUUCUUUCACCAAGAGUGUCCCCAAGAUAAUACUGUGGGCUGUGGGUCUUCUGUUUGUGAUGGGUUUUAUUGCUGGUGGGUUCAUUCUUGGGGCUGUUCAUAAUGCUAUACUUCUUAUCGUUGUUGUGGUCUUCUUUGUUCUUGUUGUUGUGCUUUUUAUUUGGAAUUCUUGCUGGGGAAAGAGCUCCAUGAUAGGGUUCAUUUCGCGCUACUCUGAUGCUGAUCUAAGAACUGCCCAGGAUGGUCAAUAUAUCAAGGUUUCUGGGGUUGUCACUUGUGGUAAUGUUCCCUUGGAGUCAUCAUUCCAGAAUGUACCAAGAUGCGUGUACACAUCUACCAGCCUGUAUGAAUACAGGGGUUGGGAUUCUAAAACUGCAAAUCCCAACCACCGACGUUUUACAUGGGGACUCAGGUCAUUUGAGAGGCACGUAGUUGACUUCUACAUAUCUGAUUUCCAAUCCGGGUUGAGAGCGCUGGUGAAGACUGGCUAUGGUGCAAAGGUAACAUCAUAUGUUGACGAGUCCAUCGUCGUUGACAUCAACCCGAGUAACAAAGACAUGUCUCCUGAAUUCCUGCGAUGGUUGGCACAGAGAAACCUUUCGAGCGACGAUCGUGUAAUGCGCAUCAAAGAAGGGUACAUAAAAGAAGGAAGCACUGUGAGUGUGAUGGGGGUUGUCCGAAGGAACGAGAAUGUCUUGAUGAUCGUUGCUCCUUCUGAGCCAUUCUCGACAGGAUGCCAGUGGGCCAAGUGCUUAUUCCCUGCAAGCUUCGAAGGGAUAGUGUUGAGGUGUGAGGACACUUCGAAGAUCGACGUAAUACCUGUGUAGAGCAGGUUUGCCUUCCUCGGCAUUCGGGUAUUUGCCAUUCCUAGGGUUUGUAUUGUAUGGUUUGUGGUGGCAGAUCCCUAAAUUAAUGUGAGAUAUAUAUACACAUAUAUCUGUAGGGUUUGGAUUUGCAGGUGUUUGGUUCUUUGAAAUGUGUGUAUAGCUUUCCCUUUUUUGGCGUCUAUUUAGAAGUGGAAGUUUUUGUAGCAAAGAUGGGUUUGGCCAAUUCUAUAGAGAACUUUCUUGUUCUUUUUACCGUA